GGCAAUGGUUCUGCACGGCACCAGUAGCCACUGUACUUGUUAAAAUAUAUGUGUUCAGACAAAACGUUUGCAGCCAUGUACUGCUUUAUAGUUUUCGUUGUAUUUUUCGGAUCUUGUGCGAGUAGCUCGAACACAAAAGCGUCGGACUCUUCCCGCAGCGCCUACGAGAACUACGUCACGUGCAUAUGGCACAACCGGCUCUAUUUGUACACGGCCGCCGCACUCACCAUCACGCUGUGGUUCUCGCUCAACAUAUUCCUCAAGAAGAAAACCUUCUCAAAGGUUGUCGUCAGCCCCUGGGUCCAGGAAGCCACCAAGAAAGACGAGUGCUGUGCUAAACCUGCUGAAGUUCAUGUGUCCGGAGUGAAAAUUUUCUUUGGCUCCCAGACCGGAACAGCUAAAAGUUUCGCAAAGGAGAUGUCGGCAGACGUGAGGAGUUUGGGCCUGCCGGCCGAGGUGAUGGACAUGAAGGAUUACGAUCCGGACGAUCGGCUGGCCGAAGAGUGCAGCAGCAAGUGUGUGUGCGUGUUCCUGGUGGCCACGUACACGGAUGGGCGGCCCACCGACAACGCCGACUGGUUCUGCAAGUGGCUGGAGGAGGCGUCCACCGACUUCCGCUAUGGGAAGACGUACCUGAAGGGCCUCCGCUACGCCGUGUUUGGCCUGGGAAACUCUCUCUACGCCGCCCAUUACAACACGGUGGGCAAAAACGUGGACAAGUGGCUGUGGAUGCUGAGCGCCUCACGCGUCCUGACCCGCGGCGAAGGCGAUUGCAAUGUGGAGAGCGCCAAUGGCAGCGUCCAGGCCGACUUCCUGGCCUGGAAGCUCAAGUUCCUCAAACGUCUGCGGGAUCUCUGCCGGGACGACGACGACGACAAGUGCUGCGGGAAACGCGAGAAGGGUACUUCCUGUGUCAAGACGGAUGGACAGGAAGUAGAAGCGUACGAGAACGUCGCUCUGGAUCAUAACUACACUGAGGAGGAGCCGGUGGAGUCGAGCAGUGACGACGACUCGUCGACCUCCCCCUCCGUGUUGGAUGUGGAGGAUCUGGGCAGCCUGAUGAUGAGCAACGUCAAACAGAUUCCCUCAGACGGCGGGCAGGUGGCCAAGCGCUCCAGGAAGGUGGCGAGGAAGAGCCAAGAGGAAAAAGAGGAAGAGCGACGGGAGAUGAUCACACCCGCCCUGAGAGAAGCUCUGAGUAAACAAGGUUACAAGCUGAUCGGAAGUCACUCAGGGGUGAAGCUGUGCCGUUGGACCAAGUCCAUGCUGCGAGGCCGAGGUGGCUGCUACAAGCACACCUUCUAUGGCAUCCAGUCCCACCGCUGCAUGGAGACCACGCCCAGUCUGGCCUGCGCCAACAAAUGCGUCUUCUGCUGGAGGCACCACACCAAUCCGGUGGGCACCGAGUGGCGCUGGAAGAUGGACCCCGCCGAGAAGAUCCUGCAGGACGCGCUGGAGAAGCAUCAGGACAUGAUCCGACAGUUUCGAGGCGUCCCCGGCGUGAAGCGGGAUCGUUACGAGGAGGGUCUGACGGUGCAGCACUGCGCUCUGUCCCUGGUGGGCGAGCCCAUCAUGUACCCCGAGAUCAACCGCUUCGUGCGCCUCCUCCACUCCCGACGCAUUUCAAGCUUCCUGGUCACCAACGCGCAGUUCCCCGAGGAAAUCAGGAGCUUGGAUCCCGUCACUCAGCUGUAUGUGAGCGUGGACGCCAGCACCAAAGAGAGCCUGAAGAAGAUCGACAGGCCGCUCUUUAAGGACUUCUGGACGCGAUUCCUAGACAGCCUCAAGGCCCUGGCGGAGAAGAGGCAACGGACGGUGUACCGUCUGACGCUGGUGAAGUCGUGGAACGUGGACGAGCUGACGGCCUACUCUGAGCUCGUCGCCUUAGGCCAGCCCGACUUCAUCGAGGUCAAGGGCGUGACGUACUGCGGCGAGAGUUCGGCCAGCAAUCUGACCAUGGCCAACGUCCCGUGGCACCGGGAAGUGGUCGACUUUGCGCGGCAGCUGCUCGACAUGCUGCCCGGUUACGACAUCGCCUGCGAGCACGAGCACUCCAACUGCCUGCUCAUUGCGCACAACAAGUUUAAGGUGGACGGCGAGUGGCGAACGUGGAUCGACUACGAGCGCUUCCAGGACCUGGCCCGGGCCCAACUGGAGAGCGGCGGCCGGAAGGUCUUCGCCGCGUCGGACUACGCGGCGCCGACCCCCGACUGGGCGCUCUUUGGGGCCCGCGAGCGGGGCUUCGACCCGGCCGAAAGCCGCUUCCAGAGGCGCAACAAAGGCAAAGACGUCUCCGGAUGCUGACGGCGCCGCUGGGAUCGGGACUUUGCGUUGGCUCUUGUUUUCAGGGCGUUCCCUUUCUCUGUUGUUGUUGGGGUUUUUUGGGUUUUUUUUGGGUUUCCUAGUCAACUGACAAAAUUGAAUCUGGUGAGCAAUUGAUACCAGUUGAUUAAAUUCAAUCGAUCCUCUCGGCAGCUUCAUUAGCGGCCUGGUAAUAGAGCGCAGUUGUCAAACUCGAGGCUUACAUUUGGCCCGUUAAACAGUUUGGUUCUUUUCAUUUUAGCAGAAUGUCUGUCCCAAAUUUUACAUUUUUCUUCACUGUUAACAGAUAAUACUGAACAGGCAUUUUCCCUUCUUAAUACAAGACAAUGUUAGCCCGUCAUUGGCAAAUUCACCUUUUGCUGUUUUUUUUUUUUUUUUAGCCUAUUCUCCAUUACAUAGUGAAAAGGAACUACCGUAUUUUCGCGACCAUAAGGCGCAUCGUAUUAAAAGGCGCAGUCACAGUUACGGGGUCAAUUUCUGCAUUUAACACACACGUAAGGCGCACCGUAUUAUUGGGUGCAGGCAUGGUAAAACAUACGCUAGCUUAAAACAUACGGUAGCAUGCAUGCACGCUAAAACAUAGCGUAUGUUUUUAAAAAGGCAGCGGUAGCAUAACUCAGUUCAGCUGUACUUUAUUGAAGUCUUUAACAAUGUACUCACGUUAUUUUUUGAUCAAUCCUCAUCCACAAAGCCAUCAAAGUCCUCAUGUUCUGUAUCCGAAAUGAACAGCUGGGCAAGUUCUCCAUUAAACACGCCGGGUUCCCUCUCGUCAUUGUCGGGGUCGGUCUCGUUGCCGGGGGGCCGUUCAGCAAUGACGCCGGCGUUUUCCCGCUUCCUCCACUUGCGAACCGUGGAUUCGUUGAUCUUGAAUUCUCUCGCGCCUGCUCGAUUCCCAUGUUCCUCCGCGUAACUGAUGGCUUGCAGUUUAAGCUGUGCUUCGUAAGCGUGUCUCUUCGUAGGUGCCAUUUUCGGGGGUCCUGAGCCAAUAUACACCUCCUGGGGGCGUGCCUUUAGCGUCCUCGUUCACGCGCACCCUCCCCCCUUUAACGUCCGCAUGCCGUCCUCAGUCACAUCCGCCUUUCCUCGACAUAAGCAGCGUGUCGGCAGGAAAUGCUCUGUGUCAGUCAAGCGGAGCGCUCAUUAAAGUCACACAACAACAUUUACAGAUUUUGGAAAUCGGUGCACACACAAGGCGCCCCGUCCAUUUUGGAGAAAAUGUAAGACUGCGCCUUAUGGCCGUGAAAAUACGGUACGUUAAAGUGCGCUGAGGAGGUUCUUUGCCAGCGUCUAUGUUGAAGUGAGUUGAGGAGCUUUGUUUAGACAACGGUAGUGCUUUGCCACCAUCCUGUGGCAUGUUGGUGUCAAGGAUCUAUGUUAACAUCAGUUGAGGAGCUUCAUUUUGACAAAAGUAGUUCGCUGCCGUCUUUUGGCAUGUUGGUAUCAUGUCUGUGUUGGAGUGAGUAGAGAGGAGCUUCAUUUAGACAAAGACCCUUUAGUGGCAUCUUGGUGCCAAAGAACUAUGUUGAAGUGAGUUGAGGAUUUUGAAGUGCUUUGCCACCAUUUUGUGACAUCUUGAAGCAAUUAUAAAAAAAAAAAAAUUCGCGGGGUCAUGAAUUUUCACUAUUCAUGCAGUGGAGUACUGAAAUAUUUGGUUGUCCCAAUUUUUUUCCAUGAUUGUGAUUUCAAAUUCAAUUUGUUAAAUGUAUAACAAUUCAAUGACAUUUGUCUAUUUGUAAUGUAUGAGGUGAUUAUACGUUUAUGAUUUUCACUGUCAUAACUGCCCUAUUUGGGGCAAUUUUCAUGAAAGUAUUGGAUUAGGUUCCUGAUCAAUUACAUUCGUGUCAAAACUUGAAAUCUUGCUGAUGUAUGAAAAUUGAGCACAUUGUUUUGAAUUAUUCUUCAUAUUGUUUUUUUCAUUUGUACGGAUACAUUAGAUUCAAUGUCAUCCGUCCGCUGCGGAGAUUUUCUUUAGUGUCUGCAACCUUGUCAUCCGUGUUAAAAGUUGCAUAUUUUAGCAACCCGUUAGGCUACAUACACAUUUUAUUUGCCCAAUUUUUUUUUUCUUUCCGCAUUUUGAUAAGUUGCUAGUUUUGUCUAGAAAUGAAAAAAAGGGGGAUGUCAUUUUUGUUGAUUAGUCACGUGUCCCGUUCAAAUACAAGUUGAAUGUGCAA